AUGUUUACGGCUAGUUACGGAAUCGUCAAUCCUAGUCAAGAAUUUUUAACGCAAUGGAUAAAUGAGACGUAUACAGAUCGAGGUGCAACACUUAGUGAGGAAAAGCUCAACUUCAUAUGGUCGAUCGUUGUGGGCAGCAUCACCCUUGGCGCGUUGGCCGGUUCGCUUUUGGUUAGAACAUUGGCUGAAGGGUUUGGCCGGCGCAACGGAUUGAUUUUAAAUGGCGUUUUCAACGUUGCGGGAGCGGUCUGUCAAUUUGUGGCAAAGCCAACAAGUUCUCCAGAAAUCCUGAUCAUCGGUCGAUUCGUGCUGGGCGCCAAUUUGGGCGUCGCGUCCGGGAUUGUGCCGAUGUAUUUGAUGGAGCUAACGCCAGCAAAGUAUCGAGGAGCCGCCGGGACGAUGCAUGCGGUAGCCCUCUCAUUCGCUGAUUGGUUCUGUCUCUUCAUCGGGUUGCCAGAGGUCCUCGGCGGCAAGGACUACUGGCCAUACGCCUUUGCUCUACCCGGCGUGCCCGCCCUCGCGCUCGUCCUGAUCCUCCCUUUUUGCCCCGAGUCUCCAAAAUACCUCCUGAAUUCGCGAGGAAAUCGUGAUGCGGCAUUUCGGGCGAUAGACGUAUUGGUAUGCGAUGAGUCUUCGACGGAUCUGUACAAGGAUUUGGUGCGAAAUUGUGGAGAGGAUAAGAGAAAACGUGGCACCUUCCGGGAGCUUUUCAGUCGUCCAGAUCUCCGAAUGCCUUUGUACGUCUCGCUGUUCGUCAUGUUCGCCCAGCAAUUCACGGGAUGUACGGCGAUAUUCGCGUAUUCUACGGACAUGUUCAUUGAGGCGGCAAUUGAACCUCAAAUCGCCCGGUACGCAACGUUGGCCAUCGGUAUCGCCUAUUUCCUGUGCGCUUGCAUGGCUCCAUUGUUGAUUGACCGGCUUGCCGCGUGUCUACUUUCACUCAUCGGUCUUGCGCUGUUCACCGGACUUCAGCAGUACGCCGAGAUUGGCUGGGCACGCUACGGGACGAUCGGAUCGUUGAUAACGUACAUGUGCUUCUACGGCGUUGGCUCACCGAUUCCGUGGAUGAUCACCGGCGAGCUGUUCAGCCAGCAGUUCCGAUCAACAGCCGUGACGGUCAGCGUCUUCUCCGUUUUCGCAAUAGCCUGUGUCGUCUCCACUUCUUACCUGCCAUUUAAAGAGCUUGUCGGUAUCACCUUCAGCUACACGCCCUUUAUCGUGGUCACAGCGGUCUGUGUGGUCGUGAUGUAUUUUAUUUUGCCAGAAACGAAAAACCGGGACAUUGAUGAUAUGAGCGGCGAAGUAUGGACCCUUGAACAAUCGACGACAGGCUUCCAGCACGAAGAAUUACGCAAUGAAACGGAGAGCCCUGUCAACUCCAUCACCAGCAAGGAGCUCUCCACCGACAAAUUU